GCUUUACAUUGCCCUCAUGGUUGGACUGAGUUUCAACGUUCUUGCUACAAGGUGAUGCCGCAAACUGAAAAUUCCAAGAUAUUCGGCGGUUGGUUAAAAGCGUCGCGCGCGUGUAUGGGGUAUGGAGGUUAUCUUGUUAGCAUGACAAGUGAAACGGAAAAGGAAUUUGUACAAAAUCUGUCGUCGUCGGAUUUAAAAAGCCCGCAAUCUGCUUGGAUUGGGUUGGUUCAUCGACUGCCGAAGGGUAUAUACUCAUGGAUCGAUGGAAGUUCUUUUAAUCAUUCUUUAUCCGUCGAGUGGAUUGGAAACACAACAAGUAAGCUUAAUGGCAAUGAGAUCAAAUGUGUGGAACUAUUGAGAGAUGGCUGGAACCUUACUGAAUGUUGCAAGAAGACCGAGUACUACAUCUGUGAAAGACCGAAAGGUGAGUUGCUUCUAAAUACGUAAAGAAAGUAACCAGGCCUAUAUACGAGGGACAACAAUGCCUAGAAAUAUUUGCCAAAAGGAUUUGAUAAAGCCAAAUUAAUUGCUCCUUUACAAUAAUGAAUUCGUUGAUGUUUACAAAAAUCCGUAUUAAUGCAACUUUUGUAAAGUUUUUUUUAAUAAACAAAUUUCGCUUUCAUAUGCUUUUGCAAUGCUGAAGUAUUUGAUCUAAUUUUUUCGCCAAUGCGAAACACUUUUCUACCGUGCUGGAUAAAAACGUUUCAACAUGUUCACUUAGAGCCUGAGCUAUUGCUCUGGUUGCCUGAAUUUCAGCCGUGUUCUCGAGUUGCAAACUCCCGAAAGAGAUCCUUCUCCCUGUCUCGAACCCUGCUGCCUCUCUCCUCCGUAAAGGCUCCCGCUGGGUAUCCCUAUAAAAUACAAAAAAUAGAAAGCGCGUGGAAACGAUGGGCCCGGUGGAGGGGGGGACUCCGCCUAUGAAAUGGGUGGGGAUGCUCGUCGUCUCGCUUAAGGGUGUAAGUUUCGGAUUUUGGUCUCACUUAGGGUGUUCUGGGCAAAACGCAAUCAUAUUUAGCCGUGAAGGUCUCGAUUAGGGUUGCACGCGAAAAAAUAUAAAAAUAUAUAUUUGAUAUGUAUAUUUUUUUCGUCUCUUUUAGGGGUCAGAAAACGCUUGGGCCACGCCCAGAUCGGUCUCCUUUAGGGGUUUAAUUCAAAAUUUCCGACGAGCAUCCCCACCCCUUUCAUAUGCGGAGUUCCCCCCGCCCCCGGGUCGAUGGGAUGGAUGCGCGCUCUCUUUUUCUUUCUCCCCAGCCUCUCCCCAGCCUCCCCACAACACAAAGAGGCCCCUACGGGGAAGAGAGUCUAGCCUGAGUAUCAGGCGUUUCUGGGGAAAAGGGGAAAGAUUUAAAAUCUUCUCUCCCCUAGCCCGUUAGGAAGGCCUGAUACUCAGACUAGAGAGAGCCCUGCUGCCGAGGGAGACUUGAGAAAACGGCUGAAAUUCUUGCAGGCUCUGAAGCCAGUUGUUCUCUAUCCGAUGGAUAGUGUGACUGGUUGAGUUAUCGACUGCAUAGUUACAGAUUUUAUUAGGAAUAGAAAGAUAAGGAUCUAUGAGAAAGAUGUUUUUUUAUUCGUAGCAAAGGCAGCUCGAGAGAAAAAACUCUGAGUAGUCCAAAAUGCUGUAGAACCUAUGAGCUUCUGGUUGCUAGUACAGAUGCUCUAACACUGAGCUACAGGAUACUUGUGAGUGCUAAGGCCACUAAACUAGGGUCAUGUGACAAACCAGGGGCACUUAGCGAAUGUUUUCUGCAAAAUAUCUCCUUCGGAGAAGCAAAUAUUGCCUAAAAUUUUCUGUUACUUGGGGACGGCUAAAAAUUUCUAGUUGAAUGUUCCAUUCAUGUACAAUUUUCUAAGCUUGUCCAAUAAAUUCCCUAAGAUCUUCUGACGUUAAAUUUUUCACAUUUCACUCCCCAGGCUAGGCUAUUUUUCAUAGAAAAAAAACCUACAAUUUCGGAUCCAAAAUGUGAUGGGGAGGGUAAUCAGAAAAAUUAUAACUCUCGUUAUACGUUAAAUCGCUUUUAAAAUUUUCGGGAAAAUAACAUACUGAAGCCCUUGUAAUUUGGAAAGAUUCACGUUCCCCUGGGAUGAUCGAAAAGAUAAAAAUUUUUAUAGCGCCGCUUCGGAAUGCACUUAUAAAGGUCUAAAAGUGCUCUGGAUAGCCAAAAAGUGUUGUCAACCUAUUUAGGAAACCGUCGUUGGGUGCCCCUGACAAACAUCCUGCAUACUUCAAGGACUGUAAUCUCGAUAUGUGCUUAUACGUAAUGAUGGAGAUGUGACGGUGAAUUUUAAGCCUGGUGAAUACAUGAGAAAGAUAUUUUUCAGUCACUAGGGGACACAGGCGGCUCUGAAAAUUAAACGACAUUCAUUUUAAACUGUUAUAUUUAAUUUGUCCUAUCCAUUAGGUCCACUGAGUUGCCCGCCUGAUCAUUAUGAAGGACAUCUGAAUGGAUUAUCUUGCUACUAUAAGCACAGCACUUUAAAAACGUGGGAAGACGCAAAAAAGGACUGCACUGCUUCUGGAAGCAAUUUGGUGAAAAUAAAUAGUACUGUAAACAAAACUGACACGGGAUUCCUGACCCGCCUAUUGGACACUAUUAAUUUCAAAGAGGUAGCUGAAUUAAGUAAAAGUGACCAAAAAACAGGUAGCACUAUGAAAUAAAUAUGGAUAUAAAAAAAUAUAGUAUUUGUCAAUUACUGAAUAAAGCUGAGUAUGAUAACAACAAUUAUGCAGAUCGAGGAGGGCUAUGACCCUGAUUGAAUUCGUUGGUUUUUUCCUAUAUCUCUCAGAUAAACUUCUGCUGAUUAUGAGAACAUACACGGGAAAUUGAUCAGCCAAUCAGAAACGAUGUAUUUUGUAGAGGUACUAAAUGCCUCUAAAUCUUUACCUGUUAGCAUACCCUACUGAGAACCUAUACACGCAGAGGAUAGAGGGACGCCUUAUGACAUGUUAUAAUCAAUCACCGACUAACUAGCAUGAAUGUGGACUCAACCGCUGUUCAGUGAUAGAAACAGAUCCUAGACAAGCUUCGCAUGAUGUUCUAGGACUGCUCAUCCCUGUUAUCAGGCCUUAUUUUUUCCAAAGGUGCUUAGUGCUUAGCUAUUCACCUUUUGAAAAAUUAGAGCCAGCCAGGGGACAAUGAAACGUCGGUGGCUCAGGGGAAAGAAACGGAAAGAACUAUAGUUAGUACAUCAUCAUCAUCAUCAUCAUCAUCAUCAUCAUCAUCAUCAUCAUCAUCAUCAUCAUCAUUACUGAUAUCAUCCGUUAGUUGCUGAUUUGCUCUUUUAUUUUAAAGGACAUUUGGAUCGACCAAGGAAACAAAUCUAAACUAUGUGGCACAAUCUCGAAGACAGAUAAUAGAAAGACAGACCGUGACUGUGGCAAAACUCAUGCUUAUCUUUGUGAAAAGCCCGUCCCAGGUGUGAUUUCAUUAUGGUGGCACACUUCCAUUUUAAGGCUACGAAGUAGCUUUAAUUUAAAACAAAUGAGGAAAGCAAGGUCUUCUUAUCAUUAUUUUCAUAUAAAAUUUCACCUCGGCUUUUUACCCCCGUCAAAAACAGCACAAAACCAACGGCAUCUCAGACCCUGCUCGGAUAAAAAGAAGAAAAAACGUUUCUGUUGCCUAUGCUUCUUAUUAUGAAAAUUCCUUUUCAAACAAUCAGUAAGAUUGGUAUCUGAGGGUACUUGCUAAAAUGGCCUAUAUGGGGAGGCUCCGCCAGAAAGAGGUGCCUUUUUCAGGCUUCAGGUAUAUUAAAGGGUAGGGGUUACUCUUGUUAAAGUAUAUAAAAGUCAUUGCGGUCCCAGGCGCAUUUUAUGGCUGUGAAAAACACAAGAAAACUGUCCGAUUUAGCGACUUGUUCAUAGCUUAAAGCAGGGCUCCUGUUUAAGGGCCGUACAUUUACAGCAGUUAAAAAAGAUGCAGCUUUCUAAAUUGGCAUGUAAAAUGAGUGCUAUUUGUCAAUUAAAGAUAUGCGAAAGAGGUCCCUUUUUUUGUCAAAAAUUGGCAAAAGGGUAAAGGGUUGCACCUCGGGGCGGAGCCUCCCCUUAUGAAAUUUUGUUGAGUACUUUCCCCUCUCCUCCUCAGGCCUUGCUAAUGUGUUAACGUCUUUAGUCCAGAAUUAAAAAACGUUGCUUUUUCCUGUAGGGAAAGUUUGUCAUUGUCAUAGCCCAGGGAAAAUGUCAUCUGUUCCCACUGAAGUCAAUUGCUCAUUUCCAGACAGUCUCUGUUUUAAGUACAGUAAUAAGAGCGCGAAAGAUGGACAAUUCACCGCACAAGGGUGUAUAUCAGCUGAACUAUGCAGAAAACUUGACAACCAAGAAGGCUUGAAAUGUUGCCAUGGUGAUUUGUGUAAUACAGGUGAGGCGGGAAAAGCUCAAAAUCCAUGCUCUAAAGAAUUACAGUUUGGAUGCUGUGCUCAGUACAUAAAACCCUAUUCAGUUUGACCUCGCGUUAGGUUGUUCUGGAACCGACUGGCAACAAUAAUGUUCAUAAUAAAGUUCAAAGCGCACUCUGGUUGGUUGAUAAAGCGUGCUCGAUGAGAGCUUAAUACCCGGAGCUAAAGCUGUCACGUCCUGCCAAUAUAGUUUGUUUUACGUCUCGUGUUCGCCCUACACAUCUUUUGUGCUCUUUCCGCUUCCUGAGUGCUUUACAACAGAGCAAAGCACAAUCAAAGCUUCUUUAUUUGUUAAGUACAGUGAUGGAAGAUUUUAAAUUGUUUUUGGCAAAUCAGCAGUGUAUCAAUCAAAUAAAAAAAUGUCUAGGAUUAGAGAAGUUUAGAGAUGUGAUGAUGUGAUAUGAUAUAUAGGUUACGUCAUCCCUCUGAUUAAUGGCCGAGUCAUUAUCUUGAUAACUUCCAUCAUGUUUAGAAAAGUUUGAAAGCAGGACUAAAUUGAAUCAAAAUCAACAGAUAGAUACCAAAAUGAUUGAAAGUUUUUGAAUUGACCACCAGGGAAAUAUUACACUGAUUUUCACUAUAUAGUUAUCAGUAUUUAUUUAUUUUAUGACAUAUUUAUCAAUAAUCUGCGACAUUUAAAAAAGUUCUUAAAAUGAAAAUAAAAAGUCCCCGAAUGCUAUCCUUUCUUAAAGGGAAAAAGCAUAAUGUAUUUAUCAGUAAAAGUGACUAGGGUUAGUGAUUUCGGCGCAAAUUUCUAGGUCUAAUUGUUCGAAAUUGUUUUUCUUCUCCGUUUCAGCAAUAUCCUGCUAUCGAUGUGAAAACAGUUCAUCUCUUGACGAAUGCCAAAAUAACCAAGACGACGUAGAUUGCCCCAUACCUGUUCACUACUGCGCAAAAAUUAAGUAUGAAUCGAGAACGAGAGAGGGCAAAAUACAAACGACUUAUCGCAAGGGAUGUGUUACCAAAGAUCAGUGUAAUGCGACCAGUGGAAAGAUUGUAGAUUGC